AUGGAGUUUACUCAGCUGAGUCUAAGUAUCGCAGAAAAGACUGGAAACAAAAAUUCUGAAGGAACUGCAUAUAACAACCUUGGCGGUGUCUAUCACGAUCUCGGUGAUUUGCAGAAAGCAAUCGAGUUUUAUAAGCUGAGUCUAAGUAUCGCAAAAAAGACUGGAAACAAAAAUCUUGAAGGCAGAGCAUAUAACAACGUUGGCGCUGCCUAUCACGAUCUCGGUGAUUUGCAGAAAGCAAUCGAGUUUACUCAGCUGAGUCUAAGUAUCGUAAAAAAGACUGAAAACAAAGACUCUAAAGAAACUGUAUAUGGCAGCCUUGCUUAUAGAUGUUUCUCUUUUGGCGACGUAAUUAAAGCCGAGGAGUGUGCUAAAUCCUCUAUAAAACUGGUCGAGGAAAUGAGGCAUCUCCUGCCGGGGAAAGACGAGUGGAAAAUCAAUCUUCGGAAUAAGCAAGAUAGGAGUUAUACUCUUUUAAGGAGACUUCAAUCACAACAAGGUAGAACCCUUGAGGCACUUUUCACAGCUGAGGCGGGACGAGCACAAGCUCUCAUGGAUCUCAUGGAAUCACGAUAUUGCGUCAGGGAAUCAAUUCGACCGUCGUCAGAGCAGCAGAUGGAACUAAUAAUGACAAUUUCAGGACUUGUUUCUUCACCUACGAUUUUUGUAGCAGAAGAUGAAAAAUUAGUGAGUUUGUGGUUACUGCUUAAGGGACAGCAGUGUCAUUUUAUCCAAAAGGAGAUCAGUGUUGACUUAAAAUCACUAAUUCAGGAAACGUACCAAAAGAUUGGUGUCAAGGAUCGCUCUCGGGAUGAGCCAAAAGAUGAGAGAGAGAGAGAGAGUGUUGCUCUUAAAACAUUGCAUGACGUGGUUAUCGCUCCAUUUUCACACUUGAUAAAAGGUGACGAACUCAUCAUUGUCCCUGACCGCUCAUCAUUCUUGAUUCCUUAUGUUGCCCUUGUGGACCAGAAUUCGAGGUAUUUGUCUGAAACGAUGAGAAUUCGAUUGGUUCCAUCACUAAGAAGCUUGAGGCUGCUGGCAGAGUGUCCGGAGGACCGCCAUAGUACAUCUGGUGCACUGCUUGUUGGUAAUCCGUGGGUGGAAACUGUACGCAUCAAAGGGUCCAAAUUCCAACCGCUUCCGGGUGCUGAGAAAGAGGUACAAAUGAUUGGACAGAUUCUUAACAUUGAACCUCUCAUUGGUAGGAACGCUACAAAAGAACAAGUUUUGAGUAGGCUCAACUCAGUUUCUUUAGUACACAUUGCAGCUCAUGGUUGUGCAGAAAACGGAGAAAUUAUUUUGUCUCCUAAUCUUGCUGAUGCUAAAAAGCCGAAAGAGGAGGACUUUCGUUUGACAAUGAGAGAUGUUUUGGAUGCACAAUUGCGCGCCAAGCUUGUUGUCUUAAGCUGCUGUUUCAGUGCACGAGGGGAGAUCAAAGCCGAGGGCGUGGUUGGAAUUGCACGUGCCUUUUUAGGAGCCGGUGCGCGUUCUGUUAUUGCGUCCCUGUGGGCGCUCAGCGACGAAGAGACUUUGGAGUUUAUGAGACAUUUUUACCAACAUUUGGUAGCGGGGCAAAGUGCAAGUAAGUCCCUUCAUCAUGCCAUGGAAUGUAUGCGGGAGACUCAAAAAUUAAAAGCCGUGAAGUACUGGGCGCCAUUCGUGCUGAUUGGGGAGGACGUGACAAUGAAAUUUGGCCAAUGA